UGAGAAAAACAGAACAAAACAAAAAAAGGUGGAAGAUCAAAUAACUCUCCGCGUUCUCCAGAAUUUCUUCGAAACUUGGUACCUCAACUUAUUCAUUUUCUCGCUUCUAAUAAUCUCUGGUUCUUCCUUUGCAAUGAAUAGAGUUGAAGGCUCUUUCAGCAGGAGUGUUUAGUGUCUCGGUGUGGCAGGUGCCGUUUCUGGCAGUUACUUCGUUUUCUGUCAAAAAAGACUUUACUAAUUUAGUUUGCUUUACCGCUUUCUUUUAUCUCAUCAGCUCGCCCGCGGUAAAUCAGUUGAAGACACGAGAUGGAGAGAGGACGUGUCUUCUUGUUGUUUCUGAUAUCUGAUAUUUUUCUCUUCUUCAAUAACUCCGCAGCUCAGAGGCCAGGUUUUGUGAGUUUGGACUGUGGGGGUAAAAGAACCUUCACUGAUGAACUAGGACUUCAGUGGACUCCUGAUGAUCAGUUUUUAUUUGGAGAAACAACUAAUAUAUCUGUUGCAAAUGAGAAUAGGCAGCAAUAUUUGACACUGAGAUAUUUUCCUGCUGAUUCUAGGAAGUACUGUUAUAAACUUGAUGUUAUUACAAGGAAUAGGUAUCUCAUAAGAGCAACAUUUCUGUAUGGUAACUUUGACAACAAUAAUGUCUAUCCAAAAUUUAACAUUUCCCUUGGGGCUACUCAUUGGUCUACUAUUGUCAUUUCGGAUAUUACUACUAUUGAGGUGCGAGAACUUAUAUUUUUGGCUUCAAGUCCUUCGAUUGAUGUGUGUUUAUCAAAUGCUACAACUGGGCAACCAUUCAUAUCUACCCUUGAGCUUCGACAAUUCAAUGGUUCAGUUUACCAUACUCCAUAUGAAGACCACCUUUAUCUUAGUGUUUCUGCUAGAAUAAAUUUUGGUGCAAAUGGUGAAGCUCCAGUUAGGUAUCCUGAUGAUCCAUUUGAUAGGAUAUGGGAAUCUGAUUCUCUGAAGAAAGCAAAUUACCUUGUUGAUGUUGCUGCUGGCACAGUUAAAGUUUCAACCAAAAUGCCUAUUGAUAUUACCACUGAUCUAAUGCCACCUGAAAAAGUGAUGCAGACUGCUGUAGUUGGUACAAAUGGAUCAUUAACUUAUAGGUUGGAUUUGGAUGGUUUUCCUGGCCUUGGUUGGGCUUUCUGCUACUUUGCUGAAAUUGAAGAUUUGGAUCCAGAUGAGUCCCGAAAAUUUAGGCUGGUGCUCCCAGGCUAUCCUGAUAUGAGCAAUCCUAUUGUUAAUAUUGAAGAAAAUGCUCCUGGAAAAUAUCAUGUCUACCAGCCUGGAUACACUAACAUAUCUCUCCCCUUUGUGGUACCCUUUGAGUUUCGGAAAACAUCUGAUUCUUCAAGGGGACCACUUUUAAAUGCGAUGGAGAUAAACAAGUAUCUGGAGCGGAAUGAUGGUUCCAUAGAUGGGGCAGUUAUUGCAGGUGUAAUUUCACUUUUCUCAUCAGCUGACUGGACUCAAGAAGGUGGUGACCCAUGCCUGCCUGUCCCAUGGUCAUGGGUGCAGUGUAACUCAGAUCCACAGCCAAGUAUUACUGUCAUCCGCUUAUCUAGCAAGAAUCUGACUGGUAACAUUCCUUCAGACUUGUCCAAAUUGAGCAAUUUAAUUGAGUUAUGGCUUGAUGGGAAUUCACUGACUGGUCAAAUACCUGAUUUUAGUGGAUGCACAAAUUUGAAGAUCAUUCAUCUUGAGAACAAUCAGUUGAUGGGUGAGCUACCUUUGUCUUUGGGGAACCUACCAAAUCUGAGGGAAUUGUAUGUGCAGAAUAAUAUGUUAUCUGGAACAGUGCCCUCAGUUCUCCUGGACAAAAACUUGGUCUUCAACUUCUCCGGAAACAUUAAUCUUCACGAAUGGGCCAGAAAAACUAUGCACCUCUAUAUUGUCAUUGGUUCAUCAGUUGGAGCUGCUAUACUGCUAAUAGCUGCUGUUGUAUCUUGCCUAUUCAUGCACAAAGGGAAGGAAAAACAUUACAAUCAAGGCCAACUGCGGCAACCCCUGCCCAUUCAAAGGCCAGUUUCUGCCUUGAAUGAUGCUCCCUCGGAAACUGCACAUUGCUUCACAUUAUCAGAUAUUGAAGAUGCUACAAACAUGUUUGAGAAGUCAAUUGGUUCAGGGGGAUUUGGAGUUGUAUACUACGGGAAAAUGAAAAAUGGAAAGGAAAUAGCUGUCAAAGUUCUAACCAGUAAUUCCUAUCAAGGAAAACGGGAAUUUUCAAAUGAAGUGAUUCUUCUUUCAAGGAUACAUCACAGGAACCUAUUAGAGUUUCUCGGAUAUUGUCAAGAGGAAGGAAGAAGUAUACUUGUUUACGAGUACAUGCAAAAUGGAACCUUGAAGGAACAUCUUUAUGGUGCAUUGACAUGUGAGCGAAGCAUUAACUGGAUCAAACGCCUUGAAAUUGCUGCAGAUGCUGCAAGAGGAAUUGAAUACCUUCACACAGGCUGUAUUCCAGCUAUUAUCCACAGAGAUUUAAAAAGCAGCAAUAUUCUUCUUGAUAAACACAUGAGAGCAAAGGUUUCAGAUUUUGGUCUUUCAAAACUUGCCACAGAUGGAACCUCUCAUGUCUCCAGUGUUGUACGAGGCACUGUAGGAUAUCUGGAUCCUGAGUAUUAUAUCUCCCAACAGUUAACAGACAAAAGUGAUGUUUAUAGUUUUGGUGUCAUUCUUUUGGAGCUGAUAUCUGGUCAGAAAGCCAUAUUUGACGAAAGCUUUGGUGGUAAUUGCCGCUACAUAGUCCAAUGGGCAAAGCCACACAUCGAGAGUGGCAACAUCCAAGGAAUCAUAGAUCCCUCUCUACAGGAUGAAUAUGACAUGCAGUCAAUGUGGAAAAUUGCAGAAAAAGCUUUAAUGUGUGUCCUGCCUCAAGGACACAUGAGGCCGUCAAUCUCAGAUGUACUCAAAGACAUUCAAGAUGCUAUCUUAAUCGAAAGGAAAGCCACAACCAUUAGAGAAGGUAACUUGGAUGACAUGUCAAGAAAUUCUGCUUGUUCUCCUCUCAGUAUUGAUUCACUGGAUCUAACAGCUGAAGAUGAAUCUAUCCUACGACCAACUGUCCGCUAACGGGCUACAUACAUGGAUAGAGAUAGCAAUUCAACUUGCAAAAUCGGGUCUCUCACCUGCCCCUAUGUGAAGAGAGAAGAGAUUUUCCAAUAAAGAUGGAGAUAAAAAUAAUUAAAAUCCCUACUACAAGUAGGGACAAGAUGGGGAUGAAGAUAAAUAUAUUUCAGAGUCAUUCCUUUUCUUGGUUCGUCUCCUUGUUUACAUAUUUCUUAAAUCUUUACAUAUUGAAUCAAGACAAACCAUUUUGAAUAUUAGUUUUGAUCAGACUGGUUAGGCCGUUUUAAUUGGUCAAUCCAAUUGAAGUUUCAGUUUUGUAUAAAAAUCUGAAAAAAUUAUGUUCGAUUA